GAGACUUCAGUACACGCUGUGCAACGGUGAAUCGCGCCUGUCUGUCGUCGCCUAAUACGUUAUUUAAUUACCGUCCAAGUGCUUAAAAUUCAUCGUUAAACAUACACAUCAUACGCGUCGAAAUUGUAUUUUUUUUUAAGUGGUUUUUUUUUUUUUUUUGUAAUACUCACCGCGGACUUAACAUUUAAAUUGUGCACGAAAAUGGCCGAGACCGCGGAUUACAAAACGGAUAACGACUACCCAUAGCCCGAGAGUGGAUAAAUUUACAACAAAUACUAUAUUGUUGCCCGUCAAUAACCAGAGUGUGUGCGUGUUGUGAUUUCAUACUAUCUAAAUUCAAUAACAACUAAACAACACGGCGGCCAUUUGUUGGUCCAUUAUACCUGCCUAUUGAGUCUUCAAAUGAUCUGUGAAACUACAUUGGAUGAUUUUAUUAAGUGUGUUGUUGGUAAUGCAUCGCGUAUGAUGACUACCGAAACGGCACUGAGUCCGAUGGCGGCGGCUCACGGCGGUGGAGGGGUUGGAGGUGGCGGCGGCGGCAAGAUCAAACGACCGAGCCUCAAGUCCCGCGGCGGUGCCGGUUCUCAUCACCAGACCGCCAAUGAAGUUCGCGGUUACCGGGUGACGGUGCCGUCCACGGUGGUCACCGAACUGGCGACCAAGUUCAACGCCAUCAUCGUGGACACGGUACAGGGGGACACGGCCCGGGAUAUCGUCAAGCGAGUGAACAAGUCGCUGGCCAACGGCGCGGCGGUGCGGGCCACGGUGGAGAAAUUCGAAUCGGCCGACAAAAAACAGAACAGAAUGGUUGUGGUGCGGACGAACUCGGUACGCCGUCGACCGACAUUCGAACAGAGCCAGGUCAUUACCGCACCACGGCCGUCCAUAGUCAAACUCCGUAUGGAACUGUUCCAAAAGACUGAGAAACCCGAUGUUCCGACGCCCAAACCCAGCUUUCAGAAGCCACAAAAGAGGCUGCAGCAAUCGGCCAAAGACGCUGCGUUACCGGUGCCGGACGUCCAUCUGUCGGCCAAACACAAGCGGUUGUCCAUAGCCAGAGAUCCGGAUGCCCAACUGGAGAGCGUACUCAAUGCCAUACCACCGCCACAGAUUGUCAACACUUCAUUUUUGCACAGUCGAACGCGACCGGUCGAGCAACCGACGCCGACCAGCCCCGUCGCCGAACCCGUCGAGUCGACAAUAAUCGUCGAGACGCCGUCCACGACCGUCGAACCGGCCAUCGACGAAAUUUGUGACAGGCCGAACGAAGAACCGCCUGUCUGGCAAACGAUGCAGAACAGUUUCUUACACACUUAUAAAAAAAAACCGGACGCCGUCGGUCAGCAGCACGACUACAAUGACAUCGUCGAGCCGCAGGCCAUUUACGAAGAGCUCCAGGAAAAGGCCGAACCGAAGCCGCCGCCGGACGUCGUGCUGGAAAAUACUUAUUACGAUCCGGGCGAUCAUCAUUACACGACCAUCGACAGCAGCGACCAGAACAUUUACGACGACGUGAUUACGUCGACAAAUCCGAACCGCAGACACUACAAACAACAGCAAGAGGACAGCUACGAGACAGUAGAAGCUCCACCGCCACCUCCUCCGCCGCCGCCACCACCGCCGGCCCCGCAGCCACAGAUACAGACGCCAACGACUGUCCAGUCGAAAGUCGCGGAUACCGACACGACGGAAUUCCACCCCGUCGAUAUUACACUGCCGGAACUUGACAAGGAAGAGUCAUAUGACAGUUGCGAGGAGAUAUACAACAGUAUGUACAAUGAACGAUUCAGUCCUUCGGAAAGCAAUUCUUCAGGUACUUCGGCCGACAGCGCCAGUGCUAUCGGUAGCAGUAAGCUCUACGUGGACGACGGUACCAGUGCUAUUGGUAAAAGUAAGUUCCACGUGAACGAAGAAUGGAUGGACGAAGAAUGGGUGGACGUGGACAACACAUCCGACGAUCUUCAAGAGAUCAUAGUAAUACCACCUAAGUCACCUAAACCCAAGGAAGUCAGGAGCGGAUGGUCGAUUCAAGUGGUCAAAUUAUUCAAAGUCAAAGAUAAUAAGAGCGCCACGAUUAACCACGAGACACCGGAGGAGAUCUACACCGACUACGAUUCGUUCGAUACGGACGAUUCGUGGGACGACUGCAAGGACUCGGACGACAGGACUAAUCGUGUACCUUAUCCGUGCAAAAAUCGGGUGUUGCCCGACCCGCCGAGUCAAUCGAACAUGUACGGGUUUGUCCCCAUGGUGAAAAGGGCCGGCAACCGCAUGAAGCAGAGUUGGUCGCUGGGGACACUGGGACUGAACCGGAUCCGGAAACUGAGCAUGGGCAACAUGACGGUGUCAUACCCAGGUAACAAGAUAUUCGAUAAGUCCAGUGAUAAGAAAUACCGUUCGUCCGAUGAGCUCAUAAUGAAUCCGUCCAAGAAUCUAUCCUCGUCCAUUUUCUACUUAAACAACGAUUCUCCGGUUUACGCAAACACGCAAAACGACAAUCAAAUACAAGCGCCAAUCAGGAACGCUAGCAAACCACCUUCGUCAAUCGAUUCUCGACGACUUAGCGUGGCGAGACCCAGCUCCCCACCUCCACCUCCGCCGGUGAAAAAACAUUCUACGGGGGACAACCCUCACGGUUCACUACCACGUUCGAUUGUCAACUCCAAAGGAAGGCCGACCUCCGCACAAUUGGACAAACCCAACUCAGAAUCUAUAUCCGAAAACAGUUCCAAUCAAGGAUCUGAACUGUACAUGCGAUUCGCCGACGAACCCCUAUACCAAUUUUACGCAGCUGAUUUAUCUCAAAGGUCAAAAAGCGUGUUCGCCGGUGACUUAAUGGAAGAGUGUGACGGCUACGAAGAAAUCAGCUCCGUCACCAGCCGGCCGUCGGCCCUAGAACUAAUAACUCCUUGCUCGACCGGACACGGGCAGCAUCGAUCCUUAUGGUGUGAAGUUCCCGAAGUAAAAAAUAGUGGUAUUCUAGACGCAUUGACACCUCGAGAACGGAAGCUACAAGAAGCCAAAUUCGAGUUAAUCACAUCCGAAGCGUCUUACUUUAAAUCUCUGACCGUGCUCGAGAAACAUUUUGUGAACAGUCAUUCGAUGAACGACGAAACAAUACUGUAUAAAAGCGAUCGAAAACUUCUGUUCGGGAAUGUCAAUCCAGUGCGCAAGUGUUCUGAAAAACUAUUGGCAGCACUCGAGAAAUGCUGGCAAGACAACAUUCUUCUCCGGGGCCUGUGCGAAAUUCUGUACACGCAUUCCAAAGAAAAUUUUGACAUCUUCGUCAAGUAUUGCUCAAAUCAAAUUUACAUAGAUCGCACGUUGAAAACGUUGAGAGAUAAAAAUUUCAAGUUCAACGAAGCUCUACAAAGACUGGAAACUGAUGCUAAGUGCCAAUCGUUAUCGCUUCACUCGUUCCUAAUGUUGCCCAUGCAGAGAAUCACCAGAUUGCCACUACUCGUGGACGCUAUCCUGUCGCAGAUGGACCCCAUCGAAAAUUCUACCGAGUACCAAAUGUGUGAACUCACUCUAGCUUCGCUGAACGCAGUGGUGCAAAACUGCAACGAGAGUACUAGAAAAUUGGAAAGAUACGAAGAGAUGUUGUUGUUGAGUCGACAGUUAGAGUUCUCCAGCAAGCGGGAAAUGAAAGUCAUGUCGGUGGCUUCUAGUUCGCGUUGGCUAGUACGGUCGGGUUCUAUGUUGCACCUACCUAGUCCGGAUGCUAAGCUGACUUUAAGUCGCAAACUGAUCAGACCCACCAAGUUGUAUUUCUUCUUGUUCAACGACAUGUUCUUCAUAGCCAAACGCAAAAGUGACGACAACUACACGGUGGUGGACUACUGCGCCAGGAACUUUGUGCAGAUGACUGACGCCACCCAAUUAGUGAUAAGUUCGUCGUACAAGAAUCUGUUGAUGUUGACGAUUUUGGAAAACCACGAGAGCAAGACUAUUGAAAUGCUGCUAAGCUGCGAUUCAGAAUCUUCUAAAAAACGAUGGAUCGAAGCAAUGUCGCCGCCAAUCAGUUCCAACCCGGACGAGACCCUGUACAACGAAUGGGACUGUCCGCAGGUGUACGCUGAGCACGCGUACGUGGCCAUUCAACCGGACGAGUUGUCUUUGCAGAAUGGAGAUAUAGUUAAAGUGUUGACGAAAAUGAACGAUGGAUGGUACCACGGUGAACGGAUUCGCGACGGCGAGAAAGGAUGGUUCCCCGGCAAUUACACGUCAGAAAUAGCAUCUCAGCACGCUAGAGCGAAAAAUCUAAAACAGCGUUACCGCUUGUUAGCCAUGUCUGGAAGUUACCUGCAGUCCCAACUAGACAAAACGAAGAAAAAAUAAUAGUCAAUUUGUACAAAUUUGUAUGAUCUAUGUACAUUCCUUCUCUUGCUAAACUUACAUUAUUAUGUUAUUUGGGGCAUACAUUCCAUGCUGAAUUUUCUCAACUCCACUGAUGAAUUAUAUUAUAUUAUUUAUUACAUUUAUUAUACUGACCAUAUUAUAAAUAUAACAUAGUACCUAUGUACCAUAAUACAAAAAAAAAAUAAACCCAAAA